AUGGGUCGCAGUAGAAGCGCAUCUUCAGCUAGCAGCGGUUCUAAUUCCUCCUACGACAGGAAGGGGAAGAAAGACAAGAAAGACAAGAAAGAAAAAAAGGACAAGAAAGGUAAGAAAGAGAAGGAGGAUAAGAAGGACAAAAAGGAUAAGCAUGCCGAUAAAGACGGUCACUCCUUCGGUACUUCAGAAGUCCACGCCCAGCAAAUGCAUCAACAGAUGCCCCUCAUGCCCUCCUUUGAUAAUAGUGGCUUCCCUCAACCACCAGGCUUUCCUCAAACUCAUGACCGCAGUACAGACUCCGGGAGCUUCCAGUCUCCCGCCAACGCCCCCCCUCCCUCUGGGUAUAGAGUUCCGUUGACAACCACUUCCGCAUUCCCUUCUCAACAAGCUGGACAACCUCCUUGUCAGGAUGCGGAUGGGUCUCCUAUAUUCAUCGGUUCAGCUCUGUUCGAGAACUCUGUGCAUCCUUGCAAGAUUGGGCCUCAUCUCUCACCCCCUUGCAUGGUACCAUAUGGCGGUCAGGAGUACGCUCAUCAUGGACGAUACGAUUUGUUGCCCUUUGAUCCCAACAUCAUGGAACUAGUCCCCACUUCGCGUGGCGAGAUUCCUGCCGGACGUCGUCCGAUUGAAGGUGGCUACGAGGAAGAUGGGUCGAAGUUGUAUCAUGCCGUGGCUAAUGUUCAGGGUCUCAAAGUCCCUGGAAAGACAGGUCCUCAUCUCGACGGGUGCAAUGUUUCAUUUGGAGGGGCCGAGCUUGUCAUUAAUGAUCGUUAUGACAUUCUGUGCUGGAGAAACUAG